AUGUUGACAAGGGCCUGGCCUCACGUUUCCAGUGGAUUUUUCCAAAAACCAAUGUUCAAGCCAUUUUCUGCCUUAGAAGUAUCUACAAAUGAACAACUCGAAGAAGAUGCAGAAAACUUUACUCGUCACCUUGGAAAUAUUUUUCAUAAGUACUUGAUUAUUCCGUACUAAUGAUAUCUUAUUUUACUUACACACUAAAAAGUUCUAAAUCGAUUGAUUUUCUCGUAUUUAUUGCAUUUCCAAGUUGUUAUUGAAUCAGUUGUCAUAAGGUGCCACCAGUCCACCAAAAUGUGGCAAAGUUCGAAGAAUGCUGGGUGCAUAAUGCGACACAUGCAUAAUGCCAACCAAGGCCAUAUUGCCACACAUUGUUACUAGUACUUCCAAAGGGUUUGAUGGGAGAAUAAAGCAUUUAUAAACCCAGACACAAUGAAAGGUUAAAAUGUGGAAGCUAUCAUGAAGUCUUAUGGCUAUUUUCCAAAGUCAGUAAAUAACAUUGACAACAUAGUUUAUUUUGCUUUUAUUUUAUGUUCCAGAGGAUACAAUUAUACAGAUUGUGAAAAGUUCGAGCCAAGAUCCAACUAAACCAAAUGUGUAUGAAGUGGCAAUAACUCCUGAAAGAAGAACUUACCCCAAGGCCUAUGACUUCUGCCAGCAGAUAUUAGAACAGAAAUGCUUGGCAGACUCCUUUAUUUGUGGUUAGUUAGUAAUGAGUAAUCAACAUACAAAUUUCAUCGGUUCCAGCAGAUCUUGUACAAGACCCUGACGAUGAAUACCAAACAUCGACUCCAGCAGAUCUUGUACGAGACCCUGACGAUGACUUCCAAACGUCGGCUCCAGCAGAUCCUGUACAAGACCCUGACAAUGAAUUCCAAACAUCAGCUCCAGCAUCUGCUGCAGCCGAAUCCUACUGCAACAAAGCAUUUUUAAAAUCAAGAAGCUGGAACAACUUUACAGUGAAAGAGUUAGGACCAGAGGAGCUUGGUGAGUCCAGCUUUAAGGAGUAUGUAGAGCAGUUGUUGCAAUUUCCAUCAUCAACAAGAAGCAGUGAAGAAAGAUUACAGAUGUACAAAGAUUCAUUGUAUGGCAACAGCCAUCCUCGCCAAGAAUAG